AUGGAAUCUUUCCCAAUCUCACCAAGGAGUUCGUUUGAUGAUUCCAUUCCGGUUUCGUCAAACAAAGAAGUUGCUGACAAGAACAUAAACGGAUACGGUAGCACCCAUGAACAUGGUCGACAAAGGCGUCGUUCAAGGCCCAGUUUACUGCGAAGAUCUACUUUUGAAGAUGGUUUAGAUUUUCAAUUCUCAAGCAAUAUUUCAAUUGCAUCAUCGCAAACACUGCUAAAGCGCAUACCGAGUAAGUUCUCAAAGACUAAAACAACAAAUUUGGAUAGCGGCUAUUCACAGCAGCAGCAGCAACAGCAGCAGCAAUUACAAGCUCCGGUAGCGAGCCCCGAACUGGCCAAAUUACACAAGGAUCUUUCAAUAAGUAGUCUUGUCAGUAUAACUUUAGAUGACUACAAUACAGAAAAGACAUUAAGUCCCGAUGCUUUUGACGAUACAAUUUCGGUACAAGAUUCCAACCCACAUCAAAGCAUUGCAAAUUUGAUCGAGGAUCAAGAUCUGGCCUCUGUGUAUUCGUCGCAGGGCAAUGGAAGCUUCGACGAGGAAAUCGCCUCGUCACUUUCUUCGGAAACUAGAGAAAACGUGGCAUUGGGCGAAUCUUCUUAUCUAAACAACAUUGACUAUAUAAGAGACCAUUUGGAUUUUCUAAAUCAAACUUUGAACAUCCGUAAAGCUAAAAGCUUGAAUAGUUCAUAUGCCGAUUUUUCAAGUAUUUUACCAGAAUCUAUUCCCGGUUACUCAUUAACUAAAUUAUUCAGUUCUUCUAAUCAUCGAACAAAUAUAUUGUAUUAUGGAUUGAAAGUUGCACAACUAGAAAACCAGGAGAGACAAGACUAUACAUGCAAAUCGGUGUGUAACUCACCGCUUGAAGUGGGGUCAAAAGUCUUGUUGAGCAUUUCAACCAAUAUCUUGAGAAGCUUGUCACUUUCAAGAUUACUCAAUGAAUGGUACAUGGUGUCAGGAUUGAAUCCUCCAAAGUCUCAUUUACUUUGGACAAAUGAAACACUAACAAAUCAGUACAUUACCAAUACAGAAAGGCCAAAAUUAGAUAAAGAUAAAAUUUAUUCUCCUUCAACGUUACCUCCAAAUAUGCCUGGUGUCUUGUACCCAGUGGAAGUCUUGACUUUUACUAUCAUCGACGAGCAAGUUGAAGAGUUUCCAAAAAGAAAAACCCCAUCAAAUUCACAAAAAAGAGUUGCUUUGGUAUACCCAGAUAACAACUACAAAUCGUUUAAGGAUUUCGCCUUUACCAAUACUGUUCCCGGAACCGAAAAUCACGAUUCGAAAAAUGGCAACGGCGGCGGCGGCGGCGGCAGUGGCAGCGGCAGCGGCGACGGCUCAAGCUCGUUCACCUCAUCUGUAAAUGAGGGCGGAAGGCGAUCUAAUGCAAGUGGUAACUCUAACUCUACUGCUAAUUUCACACCAACCGAAAGCAGUACUGAUAACUUAACUGGGUUAUUCAAUGGGAUAAGUAUUAUGAAUGCAGCCAGUUCAAUGAACUCUUUAUUCAGUAAACUAGCUCAUCAAGUGACGAGUAGUCCAAAAACCCCAUUAAAAGUUAUUGAAAUUGUAUCUGAUAUGAUUACUGUUGUGGAAACUUUGGCAACAGUGCAUGAACUUGGAUUUGUCCACAAUGGGUUAACGAGUCAGAAUCUUUUGAAAUCGGAAACGGAUCAUAAUGAUAUCAAAAUCACAGGCUGGGAAUACUCUUUUUCUCAUUCGGAAAAUUGCUUUUAUGGAUACCGCAAGAACCAUUUAAAAUAUAUUUCUGACCUGAUUUCUUAUAUGUCACCUGAAGUAUCAGGAGUGUCCAAUAUCACUGUUGAUUAUCGCUCAGAUUUUUAUUCGCUCGGUAUAAUAAUGUAUGAGUUGGUUACGGGUGUCUUGCCAUUCCAAAGCGAAGACCCGAAUUCGAUUAUUCGAAUGCACAUUUUCCAAAAACCGGUUGCUCCUUUCUUACUAGCUCCUGGCUGGAUAUCCGAAAAACUAAGCUCAACAAUAAUGAAGUGUUUGGAAAAGAAUCCCGCUGAUAGGUACACUGACUGUUACUCCUUACUUGCUGACUUGGUUACCAUCAAGAAUAGCUACAUUGGGAAAGUUAGUGCUCUUGGUGAAUUGGUCUGGAACUAUUGGAAGAAGACAGAUGGUUUUGAUCUGUAUUUGAAUAAACAAAAGGUUAAAUUCCCAGAAAAGGUGGGACAUUUUCCGCUGUUUAACUUUGCCACCAACUUCAUAGGCCGUGAUGAUUUUUACAAAAAUGUUUUUGACACUUAUAACAAAUUGCAUGCUGAACGUGUAAAUAUGCUUUUUAUAAGUGGUGAAAGCGGUACUGGGAAAACCAUUAUAUUGAACGACUUGAGGGCAGAGGCUUUCUUCAAGUAUGAUUUCUAUUGUUUUUGGAAAUUUUCUUGCUUCGAUAGUAGCAGCUCGAUAUACACCUAUCUUUUGGAUGGUAUCAAAACCAUCAUUGGGCAAAUUUUAGAAUGCUCGGAGGAAAUUCAAAGUAAUUGGAGAAAUUUGAUUGUCAAGCAUAUUCCCUUGGAUUUGAGCAUUUUGUUUUAUUUGAUUCCCGAUCUACGCAAAUUGUUGGGCCCAAAAUACGUUUCCAUUUACCUGCAUAAACUGAAUGCAAAUACUCCAGGUACUCCAGGAAGAGAAGAAAGAACAGCAAGCUUAGAAGUGAAGUUUAGAGGUAUUAUUAAAGCAUUUUACAAAAUGAUGGGAUAUCAAGGUUUGACGUUGUUUAUUGAUGAUGUACACUGGUGUUCAGAAGACUCUUGGGCUUUUUUAUGUGACUUGUUGACAUUUAAUGAGAACGAGACUGAUGAAAAUGCACUUUCUGUGAAAAUAGUUGUUACAUACUCUACAAAUGCCAAGCAGUUUAUGGAUAAUACAAAUAUUCAAGAGAGGGAAGACAGGUUUAAAAAGUAUGUGAAUAAAUCAACUAUUAAUCUUCAUGUGUUUGAUGUACCAAAGAUACCGAAGCAAGCGUAUGUGCACUGGGUCUUAAACUUAUUUGGAGCAAGAAUCGCCAAUGUAAAUCCGAAAAGCAUUGCCGCUUCACAACAAACAAGUAUGUCUUCAAUGUUUGAUCAAAAACGUAGUGAUUCAAAAAAUGGAAUCGGAAACAGUUUUGCUACUGAGCGCCAAGUAAAAGAUGUGCAAGACUUUUACGAAGUGUCUGAAGGAAAUCUCUUGCUUGCAUUAUACGCUACUAGAAUGGCAAGAUUUACACAACAUUGUUAUUAUCUGAGUUACCCCCAUCAUGGCCGACUCAUCAUUGAUAACUUUACACCCAAAAGUUAUGGUUGCGAUAAAAAAGAGAUUGUUGCAAAUUAUUUGAACUUGGCAACUCUGUCUGAAACAAGGGUGCUACUUGAAUUUGCCGCGAUCAUAUCAAAUGGAUCGGGGUUUCAUCUUUCAGACUUGAUUGUUGCAGCAGCUUUACCCAUUGACGAGGUUUUCCAUUUUUUGCAGUUGUUGAUAAAUGCAGAAAUAAUUGUGCCUACUAGUACCUACUACAAGGUACCAUUUCAUUUACUUUGCAGAGACGAAUCGCCUUUUGAUUUGACUGAUAACAAUGUUUGGGAGUUAACAUCCCAUUGCAGCUAUAGAUUUUUCCAUGAUUCUAUCUGUGCACAAAUAAUAGAAGAUUUGUCCACUAGCGAUAAGAUCAAGAAGCUUUCCCGACUAUGCGCCUUACGGUAUUAUAAAACAAUCACCAAAGAAAAGACGUUGAAUAUAGGAGGUUAUUUGCAAAUGGCCAAAUACUUUUAUCAGUCGUAUGAAAUUGCUUUACCUAAUGAAAAAGAAUUGUACAUUGAGGUCUUGAUUCAGGCUGGGAGAUAUGCGUCCUCAACAUACAAUAUGAAGUUGGCACAAAUGUUUUUUGAAACUGUUGGAGAAUUGGUAGAUGUUCUUGAUUCAAAACGACAAUUGAAGUCAACUUUAACAAUAGCAGACAACCAUUAUUAUUUCAAGGACUAUGAAAAAUGUUUGGAAGUUAUUGAAACUGCUCAGAAUAAAUAUGGGUUCGACCUGUUGGUUUUUUUGUAUCAAAUAGUUCGUUGUAAAAUUCAGAUGGGACAAAUUAAUGAGGCAAUUAAUAUAUGUCUUGAAAACUUUCCGAGAUUGGGAAUUACCAUUAGUGAGGAUGAAGAAUUGAAUCAAAUUACUUAUGAAAAACUUCGAUCAAAGAUUCCAAUCUCGGUUCCAGAAAUAAGAGGUAUUUUGAAGUUGAAACCAGUCACAAAUGCAAGAACUACAUUAAUAUUCCACUUAAUUUGCCAACUUCUUUCAUCGCUAGUAAUGAUGAGAAAAGACGCUGGGAGAAAAUUGCUAGUUGCUCAAGGUAUGAAUUUGAUAUUCAAGUACGGUUCUACUCCCUUUGCAGCAAUGAUAUUGCUUGACUUUGCAUCUGAUUUUGUUCGAGAAUUUACCUCCUCGGGUCAAUUGAAAGCUAAGGAGUUGUGUAAAGUUGCCUUGACACUUGUUAAUCGUGCAAAAAAUGCAUCCUUGUCUUUCACACAAGCAAUAUAUGAAGUUUACGUGUGUACCUUGGCAUACUAUUUUGAGCCAGUCCCUACGGUACUAAAGUAUUUCGAGAUUAGUGAAGAGUCAGAUCAAAAUGACACUCUUUCAACAUUUUUAGAAUUGAACAUAUUACUUGGGACAGCAAAGAUUUAUGUGUUGCUUUAUUCUGGUAGAUUUUACGAGAAGUCGUACCUGCUCAAGUAUCGAAGGACACAAAGACCCAAGAUUGGCCUUCUGAAGGAACAAACUUACUUGUAUGACUGCGAAGAUGUGAUAUUGGGGUCAACUGGAUAUGAGAGUUUCCGCAACAAAUAUGGCCCUAGAUUUGAAAACAUACCUGAACUUGGUCAAAUAUCUUACAAUGUUGUUUUAAUGACGGGAUUGAUAAUCUCAGGGAAAUAUGACGAAUGUUGCGACUUGGUGCUUAAUAAGAUGCACAAGAUUCAGGACCAGUAUCCUGUGUUUUUUUUCACGUGUCAAUACUACCUAGUUGCAGCUCUUCUGAUUACAUUUUCUUCUACUUCCACUUUGGAAGUUGAAAAGAAAAAGACUGCUAUUUUUGAUGAAAUACAUCGAAAAUUUAAAUUGUGGUCUGAGACGAAUGAAAAGGUAUUCCACAGUAAGUUUUUAUUUGUCACUGCACUUAAGAAUAUGAAGCACAAGGAAGCUGAACUGUUAUUUGUACUUGAUUGCUUUGAAGAAGCUAUUGAAGAGGCAAUACUUGUUAAAAAUUCAUUCGAGGUGUGUUGGUUCAGUAUUUUUUGUGCAAGGUGGUUGGUGAAAACAAGCCAGAAUAAAAGGAGAAUUGGCAAGUUUUUUAAAAUUGGAGUUGAUAUUUUGAAAAAGAUUGAUUUUCAUGAGCUUGUUAGAAGUUUGGAAGAAGAAUUUGGCAAAGUUUUUAAAAGUGAUAGUGUUAUAUAUAAUUUGACUGGAUUCAAUGAAACAAUGAUAGAGGAGAAUCUACAACCACUGGAGCUUUUAGAAUCAGACCUCCCGUCAAGUGUUGCUAAUAAUGUUGACAAAGAGAUGUCAAUGCAAAUGAAGAUACGACGGAAAGACCAAAAAGCAGAACAUAAAACUGAUACCAUCACUAACGCGAAUACCCCAUAUGAUUUAUAUGCAACCAUCCAAGCAUGUCUCGGAAUAUCUCAAGCUCUUGAUGAGAAAUCUAUCUUGAUGGAGUUGUUAACAUGCGCCAUUAAGUUUGCCGACGUGGGUUAUGGAGUUGUUGUUUACAACGAUGAGGAUGAGCCAAAAAUCGUUGCUGUUGGAUCUGCUCAACAUAUAUACCCCUUAAAGGAAGAACCUCUCAGCUCAAGAAUUGAUAUUUGUCCGUUCCAGUUGGUACAAUACGUGUUGGAGAGUGGGAAUACAGUUAAUAAAGAAGAUGACCAUGUAGUGUUUUCCAAUAGAUUUGGCAAGGAUUCGUACUAUAAUUACGAUCAAAGCAGCAGUGUGCUUUGUGUGCCUUUGAAAGGCCAGUUUGGUAUAUUUGGUGCAUUAUAUCUUGAAGUAGAUACUCGAAAAAGCAAAAGACAAGCCAUUUUCGAUGGAAGGAAAAGAGAUUUGUUGAGCUUGUUUUGUUCACAAGCUUCAGUUGCAAUGGGUAAGGCAAAACUCAUUCGCCAGAUGGAGUUGACAAAAAUGGCAGCAGAGGAUGCCACGGCUGAGAAGGCCAGUUUUUUGGCAAACAUGUCGCAUGAAAUCAGGACCCCGUUCAAUUCGUUAUUAUCGUGUUCGAUAUUUUUAUUGGAUACACCUUUGAACUCAACGCAAAGAGAAUAUGUUGAGGCUAUUAAAAGCUCUGCCAUGGUCACUUUGAACAUUAUUGAUGGCAUUUUAGCCUUUUCGAAAAUAGAGCAUGGUUUAUUUACAUUGGACAUUGCUGCUUUUUCGUUGAACGAUUGUAUAGAAAGUGCCGUGCAGCUAGGUGGUGAACAAGUAGUUGAUAACGAAUUGGAGUUGGUAUUUUUCAAUAAUUGUCCCCAGAUCAAUACUGUGAUGGGUGAUAUAACGAGAGUUCGACAAAUCAUUAUCAACUUAGUGGGCAAUGCCAUUAAAUUUACAACACAAGGACACGUUAUUGUUAGUUGCAAUGCAAUUGAGCUUACCAGUGAUCGGUACGAGAUUGUGAUUUCUGUAGAAGAUACGGGGAUUGGUAUUCCCAAGAUGUCACACAAUAAAGUUUUCGGUGCAUUUUCGCAAGUUGACGGUUCUUCAAGAAGGGAAUAUGGAGGAUCUGGAUUAGGUUUAGCCAUUUCUAAGAAACUAGCUGAUAUCAUGGGAGGCGAUAUAAGAUUUGAGAGUCAAGAAGGCGUGGGAACUACUUUUUAUUUCAAUGUUAGUUUUAAUGUGAAGCUAUUUGACAAGCCCGAGAUUGAGUUGCCUGGCAAAAAAGCAUUAAUCAUUAGCAAAUUUGAAUUAACAAGUGAGAGCUUAAAGAAUAUGUUGAGCAUAUUCAAAUUGGACACUGUGAACUCAUUAAGCGUAAAGGAAGCAAAGGAUAUACAAGAACAGGAUUAUUUGUUUAUAAGUAUGGAUGAAUUUGAUGAUUUUGUCAAGUCCAAGAAUCGAUUAAAGAAAGAUGUCAAGAUUGUUAUUUUAGCUCAGUUUGGGAAGCCAUUGACUGGUGAAUCAGCAAAAUACGAAGCGUUAUUAUGUCCGUUCCAAAGAGAGCGAGUAAUUAGACUACUUAAAUGCGAGGGUGAAGUCAAAAAAGAAGAGCAGCCUAGUGUUGCGAUAACAGCCAAAUUGGCCGAUGAGUAUCCAUUGCGAAUAUUGCUCGCCGAGGACAACUUAUUAAAUUACAAAGUUGCAUUGAAAUAUCUUGAGAAGUUGGGAUUCAAAGCUGACCAUGCUAAGGAUGGUGUACAAGUCUUGGAGAAGUGCGAUGCAUUAUUAGAGAAGAAUGAAAAGUACGAUGUCAUUUUAAUGGAUAUACAAAUGCCUGCAAAAGAUGGUAUCACAGCUACAAAAGAAUUAAUUGCCAAGUAUAAGAAAAUGGGCCAGGAAGAUUAUAUACCAAAAAUUGUGGCAUUAACUGCAAAUGUGGCUGGUGACGACAGAACCAAAUGCAUUGAAUGUGGUAUGUGUGAUUUCAUUUCCAAGCCAAUCUUGCCCAAUGAAUUAAAACGCAUUUUGACGAAUUUGGGGAAGCUGAUAAACGAAAAAAAAAACAAAACAAAAAGAGGAAAAUCAUAA